AUGUCCAAACGAACCAUAGAAUCAUUCUACAAGACCGUCUCCCCGCCUAGCAAGAAGAUAAAAGCUGACGAGGAGCUCAUCCCGACCACCUUCACCACCCACCCCAGCUAUCCGCACCCCAUUGCUGAUCUCCCACCAUCCAUUGCAAAUGCCCUCGCCACUAUCAAUUCUGAGUCUACGUCUCCCAAGAUAAUCAACAACCAGCCUCAUCUCGACCUUCUCUACUUCCAUCCGCUCAUCCCGCAAGCUGCAGCUCGUGAUCUGUUCCAGUUUCUCCGGCGCGAACUCCCCUUCUAUCGCGUACAGUACAGCAUCCGUCGUGGCGGCAUAAACACCCAGAUCAAUACUCCGCGAUUUACUACUGUGUUUGGCCUCGAUGCGACAUCGCAAUUCAUCACACCUCUAGAUGCAUCCUCUGCAUCGUCUACUUCAGCAGUAAAGGCAGAAACCGAUGGCGAACCCGCGAAAGAAAACAGCAACAAGUCAAUCAUAGUCGACGCCAAAACGCAGAACCCAGUCCCAGAAUCUAAAUACCAAUACACCCCGCGCCCAAUCCCCGGCUGCCUCGAGACGCUCCGGCACGCCGUCGAGCGCUCCAUCAACGACGGCUCAACCUACAACUUCUGCCUGGUCAACUACUACGCAACGGGCGACGACAGCAUCUCCUACCACAGCGACGACGAGCGCUUCCUCGGCGCGAACCCGUCCAUCGCGUCGAUCUCGCUCGGUGCGCAGCGUGAUUUCCUCAUGAAGCAUAAACCCGCUGAUGCUCCUAGGGUAGGUUCUAACCAGCCGAUGAAGUUUGCCCUUGCGGGCGGGGAUAUGGUUGUUAUGCGGGGGGAGACGCAGGCGAAUUGGUUGCAUAGUAUUCCGAAACGGAAAGGGGGUGAGGCGCAUAGGGGGAGGAUCAACAUUACCUUUCGCAAGGCGGUUGUGCCUGGGGGGACGAAUAAUUAUUAUAAUUAUAAUGUUGGCGUUGGGGGGGUUUAUCGGUGGGAUGAGGGGCUGGGGAAGAUGUGUCCUGUCGUCAAGGAGGAGAAGAGUUAG